CUCCUCCCCUCCUUCUCAAACUUGGAGCUUUCUCCCACUUUUACCAUGUUCUUCUGUAGCCUAUACCCGGUCUUCUUCGAUGCAGCCUAUGUUUUCCUCCUUAUCAUGGCUGGCUGUUGAUGGAACAAACAGGUCGCUGGACCGCCUCUAAAGCACAAUCGAAACAUCAAUGCCAGUGAAAUUUUUUCAAACUCUUGAUUUUGGUUAGAUGAAAUAUGCGAUGUCCGCGUGUGAGCCGGGUUCUUUUUCUGCUACAUUCUGUUUUGUUUUUGGCUGCCAGCCAUGUCGAGUUCUCGCUGCCUGGUAGCCUCUCUCCAGACGAAGAACAAGGUCGCUUUCUCCAGUCCCAGUCGGAUGUGUCCAUGGUUCAUCCAGUCAAAGUUGACAGCGAUGGACAGUUUCUCUCCCACUCUCUAGCACACCGCUUUGAGCGCGUGCGGCACAAGCGAGACUUAGGGCCUUUGGAGGGACGCGUUUAUUAUAAGGUGACCUACAAAGGUCGCAAUUUGUUUUUUAAUCUAACAGUCAACAACUAUUUGGUGUCAAACAAAUAUGUUCUGGAGUGGCGGAACGGAAGUCUGAACCGGACUGAGCACCGUACCACAGGGGAGAAUGCGUGCCACCUGAUCGGCACCGUGACGGAUCCUACUAAUGCGCGCGGGACAGCCGCCAUCAGCACCUGUGAAGGCUUGAAAGGACUCUUUACCUUGCCUGAAGGACCCCACUUCAUUCAACCAGUCCAGGGGUCCACUGAUGGGGCUGUCGAAAGGGAGGGACCAGGGCUCCAUGUGGUCUAUCCCAGCGUAACCACGGCACCACACAGAUACCGACGCAGCUCUGAGGCCCGGGACACACACAACCCCUGUGGGGUCAGAGACGCACCAGGUGAUUCCCUAGUGGUGGAGAGGGAAAGAGAGGACUGGGAGAGGGAACAGCAGGAAGAAGAGAGGGAGAGAGAGGAGGAGACGGCUCAACAUCGCUCCCAACGCUCCAUCAGCAGAGAUAGGUGGGUAGAGACCAUGGUGGUGGCAGACACUAAACUGAUCGACUACCACGGCAGUGACAACGUUGAGUCUUACAUCUUCACCAUCAUGAACAUGGUGGCAGGGAUAUUCCAUGAUGCCAGUAUAGGAAAUGCCAUCCACAUCACCUUGGUCCGCCUGAUCCUCCUGCAGGGCGAGGAGAAAGGGCUGAAGAUCAUCCACCAUGCAGACACCUCUCUGGCCAGUUUCUGUGCCUGGCAGAAGAAACUCAACCCACUAAGUGACACACACCCUGCUCACCACGACGUGGCAGUGCUGGUCACCAGGAAGGACAUCUGUGCAGGGCUCAACGAGCCGUGUGAGACCCUUGGUCUGUCCCAUCUGUCAGGGAUGUGCCAGCCUCACCGUAGCUGCAACAUCAACGAAGACUCAGGACUACCUGUAGCCUUCACCGUUGCACACGAGCUGGGACACAGCUUUGGGAUCCACCAUGAUGGUCAGGGGAAUGACUGUGAGCUGGACGGCAGACACCCCUUCAUCAUGUCCAGACAGCUAAUGUACGACACCUCUCCACUUACCUGGUCCUCCUGCUCCAAAGACUACAUCACACGCUUCCUAGAUCGUGGUUGGGGCUUCUGUCUGGACGACCGUCCCUCAAAGAAGGAUCUGACCACCCCACUGGCCCGUCUGGGGGUCCGCUACACCACACAGCACCAGUGUCAACUACAGUACGGCCCCAAUGCCACCUACUGCCACGAAAUCGACAAUGUGUGCCAGAUCCUGUGGUGUUCAGUGAAUGGGUCCUGCCGUUCUAAACUGGACUCCCCCAUAGAUGGCACUAGCUGUGGCCCUGAGAAGUGGUGUAUCUCAGGGGAGUGUGUUAUCAUAGGGAAGCUACCGGAGACAGUGAAUGGGAACUGGGGACAGUGGAGUAGCUGGUCUCACUGUUCCAGGACCUGUGGGGCCGGGGUGCAGUCUGCUAACAGGGAGUGUAACCACCCCAAACCAGAGUUUGGUGGGAAGUACUGUACAGGCGAGAGGAGGCGUUACCAUAUCUGUAACACCAAACCAUGCCAAAAGGCCAAACCCACCUUCAGAGAAAUGCUGUGUAGUGAAUUUGACACAGUGCCCUACCAGAACGAACUCUACGAGUGGGUCCCUGUGGCCAGCCUAUCGAGUCCGUGUGAGCUGCAUUGUCGUCCUGUGGAUGAGCAUUUCUCUGAGAAGAUGCUGGAUGCUGUGACAGAUGGAACUCCCUGCUUCAUGAACAACAACUCCAGAAGCAUCUGUGUCAACGGAGUGUGCAAGGAGGUGGGCUGUGACUAUGCUAUAGACUCUAACGCUGUAGAGGAUCGUUGUGGAGUGUGCCUGGGCGAUGGUUCCUCCUGUGAGACUGUCCAGAUGACCUUUGAUGGGGGGGAUAGCUUCGGCUACGUGGACGUGGGAGUGAUCCCAGAGGGGGCACGUGACAUUGUGGUCCAGGAAAUGGAGGAGGCGGGGAACUUUCUGGCUCUGCGGGGUCAGGGGUCAGAGGAGUAUUUCCUGAAUGGCGAGUACAUCAUCCAAUGGAAUGGCGAGUACAAGGCAGGCGGAACUACCUUCUACUACGAACGCAGCGGAAACCUGGAGAACCUUACCUCCCCUGGACCCACCAAACAACCAGUCAUGAUCCAGUUGCUGUACCAGGAAAAGAAUCCAGGUAUAAAGUAUGAGUACACCAUCAAGAGGAACCGCCAGACAGGAAAUGAGGUCAUCAAGUCGGAGUACAGGUGGAGGCAUGGGGCCUGGACAGACUGCAGCACCACCUGUGGGCUUGGUGAGCAGCAGCAGCCUGUCAGGUGUUUUGAGUUGGAGGUGGGCGUGGUCGAUGAGGCUCUUUGUGACCAAGAGAGCCGCCCGGAGGACCGACACCGCAAGUGCAAGAACAUGGACUGCCCCGCCAGGUGGUGGGUGGGGGGCUGGCAGCUGUGCUCUGCCACCUGUGGUUCGGGAGGGGUGAGGAAUCGCACAGUGCUGUGUGUGCGCACGGUGGCCGGGGAGGAGAGGGUGCUCCACCCUGGGGACUGUAAACAGCUGCUCAAACCCAAACCUGUAGUUCCCUGCAACAGAGACCAGAUCUGUGGACCCGACUGGGCCGCGGGCAACUGGAGCAUGUGCCCAGUGACAUGUGGUGGUAGUGUGCGCACCCGGACGGUCACCUGCCUGAUCGCACCCCCAAAAAAGUGUGACAUCAAAACCAUGCCUCGCUCCAAGUCGCUGUGUGCCCUGCAGAGCUGCCCAAGCGCAGGCCUCCGACGGCGCCCGGGACCACCCCCUAAAUACCGCCGUUUCUACCUGCCCAAGAGACACCCAACCAGGCAGCCAGUUACACACACCUGGGGCCCCAAAAGCACCAGCAACGCUACACCCGGGACCAGCACUGUUACAGUGACUGAGAGAACUACAACCCCCAUCACCACCUCUACCACCAAGCCCCUCCCACGGUCCUCCACAGCCACUGAUAUCAUUGACCACGAUGAUCAUGUGGUGAAGAAUGGGCGUGUGGAGGACAAGGACGGGGCAUUUAUUACGACCAGUCCUACUGACACGGAGAACAGGGGGAGAGGGACAUGAGAGAGAAAGAAGAGGAGGAUGAGAAAAAGGAGGAGGGGAGUGCAGCUGAUUUUGUGUUUCCAGAUGUGGGGGUUAUGUACACCCCGGGCUAUGACUAUGUAGUGGAGGAUGUGACUGCAGAAGAGGAGGGGCUUACAGAUCUGGACAUU